UUUGACUCUGGCAGUCUUGGAUUUCUGCUGGUGUUGCUGCUGAGAGGACGGCGGACGGCAGCGGCUAAGAAAGAAGAAAGACGUGGCAGCAGCGGGAGUCGUGGAUAGUGUCGUCGGUUCGGUAAAGUUUCUGUUCUCCGAUUUGGGGAUAUUCCCUGCCCAAAAAUUUCCUGGAAAAUUGACUAGUAUUAAGUGUGAGUAAAAGGUGUCCACUUUUUUUUAAGUUUUGAUUUUAGUUUUGUCUUGGAUAGUAUUUGGCAAGAUUUAGCCUAGAAAUUAUGUAGUAUUUAUUACGUGAGAAUCAAAAUUGCUUUGUUACUGGGCUGUUUCAAAAUUUAGAACUCAUUUCUAUGUAUCAAAAUUGUUUUUUGUUUUUGUUUUUUGUUUUUUGAAAUUCUUAAAUGGUAAAUGUACCAUCGUGAAAUGAAAUUUCAACUCCAAAAGUUUACCCUUUUACUAAGUGGAGUAAAUGGAUGAUUAUAAGGUCUUUAGUUAUAGCCAUCAUUAGUAAAGAAUUUGGAACUAGGCUACAUAAGCAAGCCUUUGCAGGGCCGGUAUCGAAUGUCAUGCCAGUGACCCUGGUGUUGCUAUAAAAGAAGAAAAAAAUCUUCCCUUAGAUAGAAGCUUGCUGUAUCUUGACAGUGCCAGUUCAGGAUGGCCAUAACACUGCUCUGCCUUCUACAGCUCGCUGCACCACUCUGUAGUUACUCUGUAACUAUACAUUUCUAUCUUUUUUGGUUAAACACUCCGUGAAGGUGAUAAAAGAUGAUGUGAUGAUAUACAUACAUCCAUAUUAUACAUGUCAAUAUAUACGUAAGGAUUUCUCUUCGUCUUUGUUUGUGGGCUGGGCAAAAUUUAGUGUAACAUAUUAAUAUACUUCAUGAUACUUUGGUAUAAGAAUAAAUUCACUAUUUUUAUAAUGAACCCAAAUUUAAAGGCUUUUGUAGUAUAUUUUAAAAGGGAAAACUUACCCAAAUGUUUUAUUUCUACACAUUUGUGUGUGUGUGUGUGUGUGUGUGUGUAUAAGGCAGUUAGUAUAUAUGUAUAUUAAACAUAAAACACAUAUUUUUACAUACAACUGCGUUUUUAUUAUACAGAUAAUAAAGAUGGGGGAAGGUUUCUGUUUUUUUCUUAAUAGGUGAAGAAAUCUUGAAGACCAGAGAUUGGAUCUUAUUGAAUUUUGGUGUUCUUUUUCUUUUUUUCUUUUUCCUUCCUAAAUUAAUAUUGUUCGGCUGUGGAAGAUGGAUCUUUUUUUUUUUUUUUAAUAAUCCUUUGACUCCCAAGUUCAUCUUUAUAUGAACUCUUUUUUUUUUUUUUUGGUUUUUUGGUUUUGUUUUUGUUUUUGUUUUUUUUUGAGGAGAUAACUAACCCUAGCUGUCUCCAGUUUGACAAAGGUUAUUCGAAUGGACUUAAUCUCCCGGUAGUUGGGAGAUGUUUUAAAAACACAUCCUGUGUUUGAAUUGUGGCUGAGAGGUUUCCUUGGCAAUGUGAGGAGGAAAAUUCUUUCUGCCCCAUUAUUAUUAAUUCAUGGAUUGAGUGUUGGUUCGACCUACAGGCGUAAUAGAUUGGAACUCAGUGAAGACACAGACAUUCCUGUUGAGAGCAACCAGCUAAUGAUUACGUUUAAAAGACCAUUUCUGUGAUUGAGUUGUCUUUUGGAAGAUUAAACCAAUUUCAAGAGGACUUGGAGCUUGUCCUUGCCUUGAAGAAGGAGUGGCUUGUUUUCAAGAAGCCACUUCUGAUCUAAGGAUCUACGCUACUCAGCAUGCCUAAUCAAGGAGAAGACUGCUAUUUUUUUUUCUAUUCUACAUGUACCAAAGGUGACAGCUGUCCAUUCCGUCACUGUGAAGCUGCACUAGGAAAUGAAACUGUUUGCACAUUAUGGCAAGAAGGGCGCUGUUUUCGACAGGUGUGCAGGUUUCGGCAUAUGGAGAUUGAUAAAAAACGCAGUGAGAUUCCUUGUUAUUGGGAAAAUCAGCCGAUGGGAUGUCAGAAACUAAACUGUGCUUUCCAUCACAACAGAGGGCGUUACGUCGAUGGCCUUUUCCUACCUCCAAGCAAAACUGUGUUGCCCACUGUGCCUGAGUCACCAGAAGAGGAAGUGAAAGCUAGCCAGCUCACAGUUCAACAGAACAAAUUGUCUGUCCAGUCUAAUCCCUCUCCUCAGCUGCGAAGUGUUAUGAAAGUAGAAAGUUCAGAAAAUGUUCCUAGCCCUACACAUCCGCCAGUGGUAAUCAAUGCUGCAGAUGAUGAUGAAGAUGAUGAUGAUCAGUUUUCUGAGGAAGGUGAUGAAACCAAAACACCUACCCUGCAGCCAACUCCUGAAGUUCAUAACGGAUUACGAGUGGCUUCUGCUCGAAAACCUGGGGUCAAUUUAAAACAAGGUGAAUGUUUGAAUUUCGGAAUAAAAACUCUUGAGGAAAUUAAAUCAAAGAAAAUGAAGGAGAAAUCCAAGAAGCAAGGUGAAGGUUCUUCAGGAGUUUCCAGUCUUUUACUCCAGCCACAGCCUGUUCCAGGUCCUGAAAAAGAAAAUGUCCGGACUGUGGUGAGGACAGUAACUCUGUCCAACAAACAAGGAGAAGAACCUUUAGUAAGAUUGAGUCUAACCGAGAGACUGGGGAAACGAAAAUUUUCAGUAGGUGGUGACAGUGAUCCUCCAUUGAAGCGUAGCCUUGCGCAAAGGCUAGGGAAGAAAGUUGAAGCUCCAGAAAUUAACACUGACAAAACACCAAAGAAAGUUCAAGUUUCCAAGUCUCUGAAGGAGAGAUUAGGUGUGUCAGCUGGUCCAGACAGUGAGGGGGCGACAGAGAGAGUUACUAAAGUUGGUGAGAUCCGUGUGAAGACGUUAGAAGAAAUUCUUCUUGAGAGAGCCAGUCAAAAACGUGGAGAAUUGCAAACUAAACUCAAGACAGAAGGACCUUCAAAAGUUGACGAUUCUACUUCAGGAACAAGAACCUCUUCCACUAUCCGAAUCAAAACAUUCUCUGAGGUCCUGGCUGAAAAGAAACACCGACAGCAGGAAGCAGAGAGACAAAAAAGCAAAAAGGAUGUAACGUGCAUCAAGCUAAAGACUGAUAAUGACACUAAAAAAACAGUGGUUUUGCCACCUGUAGUAGCCAGCAGAGGACAAUCAGAGGAACCUGCAGGUAGAGCAAAGUCUAUGCAGGAGGUGCAUAUCAAGACCCUGGAGGAAAUUAAAAUGGAGAAGGCACUGAGGGUGCAGCAGAGCUCUGAGAGCAGCACCAGCUCCCAGCCUCAGCCUGAGGCCACCCCAGGGGCAAGACGGUUUCUCCGGAUCACUAAAAAAACAGGUAUACAAGAAGAGAAGAAACUUCAAGAAGAAAAUGAAGUUGCUUCUCAGAGUGGUGUGACAAGAACAGAGGCUAAAGAAGCUUCAGAUGAGACCACAGGAGUUGGCAUCACUAAAAUUCAAGUCAAGAGGUGUGAGACAGGGAGAGAAAAGCAUGUGCAGAAACUGCCAGACCGAAGCACCUUACAGAAGGAAAAAUCAGUUUUAACACCCCUUCGGGGAGAUUUAGACUCUGGCAACACCCAAUUAGCAGAGAAACCAGUGCUCGCUACUGUGCCAGGCACCACACGGCACCUGACUAAGCGGCUUCCCACAAAGUCAUCUCAGAAGGCAGAGGUAGAAACCUCAGGGAUUGGGGACUCAGUGUUGAAUGUGAAAUAUGCAGCACAGGCCUUGGAUAAAAGGGGUAAAGCUAAACCUAAAGUGAAUGUGAAACCAUCUGUAGUUAAAGUUGUCUCAUCACCCAAAUUGGCCCCCAAACGCAAGGCAGCAGAGGUCCACCCUGCUGUCAUUGCAGCUGUGAAGCCACUCAGUUCCAGCACUGUCCUGCAGGAAAGCCCAGCCAAAAAAGCAGCAGUGGCUGUUGUCCCACUUCUCUCUGAGGACAAAUCAGUCCCUGUGCCUGAGACAGAAAAACCUAGAGACAGUUUUGUGCUGCCUCCAACUCACUCCUCUUCAGAUCUCUCCCCACCAGAAGCAUCUGGCCCAUCCUCAUCCCAGAUGACCACAAAAACUCGCCGACUCAGCUCUACUUCAACAGGAAAGCCCCCACUCUCUAUGGAGGAUGAUUUUGAGAAACUAAUAUGGGAGAUUUCAGGAGGCAAACUAGAAGCUGAGAUUGACCUGGAUCCUGGGAAGGAUGAAGAUGACCUUCUGCUUGAGCUAUCAGAAAUGAUUGAUAGCUGAGGGUGGUAGUAGAACAUUUAAAGCAAACAGAAAAACAAAACAAAAAAACUCGCCAAAAAACUGUUUCAAAAAUAGUUUCAUCUCUUGUAACAUUUAUCCAAAAUGAUCAUUUCCUUAGUCUAGAAUUUGCCCCAAAUCAGAAGUAUACCUCUGAAUUAUCCAUGUGUGUCCUGGAUUCCUUGGGGUCAGAUUUUUUAAAGUCCCUUGAUAAUCAUUUUGUCCAUUUGAUGCCAUUGUUUAGCAUCUUUGAGAAAGAAGUUCUGUCUUACCCUCUCUCCACAGAAAGACUGAGUGGGAGACCCAAGCAAAAGGGUACAAGAGAACUUAGUGACUCCUUGAGGUGUUUGUCAGUUUUGGCUUUUUUCCCUUUUGUUGUAUUAUUUCUUUUAUGUAUUGUCUUAAUGAACCUGUUGUUACCUGAGUUUGAAAAGGAUGAAGACAGCUGCUACCAUUAAGGACCAAAUUUCAUGCUACCACUGAACAACAACAACAACAAAAUCCACUCAGUCUGUGUUAAAUUGUAUGUCUUUUUAAAGGUAUUUGGAGAUUCCACUAAGCUUUUAGAGACAGCUGAGCAGCUCAGGAAACCUGUAAUCUGGACAUAACUUUUUGGACCUGAUUUUCAUGCUUCUGCUGCUCUGCAAGCCUCUGAAGAGCAAUAGCUAAUUUAUUAUUACUGUAACUUUUUAAGGCUUUAAAGUGCCUCAGGGGUCCUCUGAAACUAAUUUUCUAUUUCUGGGAUUCCCUGGAUUCUUAAUAAGAGAUGGUGACAUAAUGAUUAUAGGAAUUUUUUUUUUUUUAGGAAGAAAGUUGUCCCUUCUUCAGUACUUGCCUCUUACUAGCAUUGAAUUGUCACAGGGAUAAAAAUUGGUUAAUUUUUUAUUUCUAACUCCCAGCAGGCUCCUCUUGCCCAGUAUUUAUUUGGUUCCCUUUAACUACCAGAGGGGAGGGGGGAAUGAACUCAUUCAAGCUGCCAUUAUUUAUCUAUGGACUGCAGCAGUACACUGAAUUGUACUGCAGCAGGGAUUAUUGAGAUUCUCUGGGGGUGUAUUGUAUACCUUCCAGCUUUCUUUAUUUCCUAAUUGAAUUUUCUUUUCUUGAUGUUGGUCUCCUUCAUAUCACCUCAAGGUUUAGAUUUGUGAAGGAACAAGUUUGAUGGGGAUAAUAGUCUUGAAAGGAGAUAAUAUUGUAUAUAAUCAAAAGGAAGAGGAAAGAAGGACUUGUCGAUUUUGGUAUUUUGCUGUUAGGUGGCCAGUUUUAUUUCUCAUGGGGAAAUCUGACCCACCUGUCAUGUUGGCUCCUAAGGAACUGCUGUUGUAAGCGGCUCAUCAAGAGUUGAACUUCAUGUAGCCUUGUUGGGAAUAUGGAAAAGGAAGAAAGCCACAGGACUGCCCAUUCAGUCUUGGGAGGAUCUGGAUGAUUCUACACAAGCAAAAUUGACUUGAAAUUUAUGUAUAGACACUUCUCUAUCAAUCCAUCUGAAUGUUGUCUAAUAGCCCUUCUCCAAAGCAGGGUGGAAUGUUUUGGUUUCACCGCAGAUUUUCUACUCAUUUCAUUUUUGGAAUCAGCUUGUAGAUUCCUGGUCCCUUUUGUAUAUAACCUUUAUUCUUUUGCUUUUUUAAAAAUAAUUUUGUUUCAUAUUUAAAGUCCUGUAUUAGUCAAUGAUUCAUGUUCAGCAUUAUUUGAACCAUUUGCCAUUACAGAAAGAGAAAUGCUUAUUUGUGUUUUAAAUAAAAACCGAUAUAGCAAAGUCUUGA